AUGUCAUUACUGAGGCUGCUCCUUUUGGUUCUGCUAAUGGGGAAGGGAGACUCUGUGUGCCGACUGCAAGGCUCAGCACAACCGCCUGAGCUGUUCCAAGAUGGCAACCUUGUUAUAGGAGGCAUUUUUUCAUUUCGCACAAUGCAGGAUUAUGUAAUUAACACAUUUCAGACAAUCCCAGGAGUACGGGAAUGUAAAAACUUCAAUAUAAGAGAAUUCAAAUUUUCUCAAGCAUUGAUUUUUGCUAUAAAUGAGAUCAACAAAAAUCCUGUGAUGCUCCCUAAUGUUAAACUUGGCUACAGUAUCUAUGAUAACUGUGGAACCAUGGAUAUACUGAGAGCUUCACUGGCACUGGUGAGUGGACUAAACAAAGAAGUCAGUGACGACAACUGCACCAAAGCUCAAACGGUGCAAGCUAUCCUAGGGCAUUCAGGAUCAGAACCAACUAUUGCAUUUACAAAAGUUGUUGGAAGGUUUCACAUACCUGUGAUCAGCCAUUUUGCCACCUGUGACUGUUUGAGCAACAGAAAAGAGUAUCCCACUUUUUUCAGAACAAUUCCAAGUGACUACUACCAGAGCAGAGCACUGGCAAAGCUGGUCCAGCACUUUGGAUGGACCUGGAUUGGUGCUCUUGCUGUUGAUAAUACAUAUGGCCUGAAGGGCAUGGCUUUAUUUAUCAAAGCUGCACAAGAAUAUGGAGUGUGCAUUGAGUAUUCUGAAGCAUUUUCAUCAUCGGGUCCACCUGAGAGCUUACAAAAAAUAAUAGAGAUCAUUAAGCAUGCCACUUGCAAAGUGAUCAUGGCUUUUAUGUCUCACAGGGAAAUUAAGUUGCUGGCGACUGAGAUGUACAGACAAAACAUUACAGGACUGCAGCUGGUUGGCAGUGACGCCUGGAUCACAGAUAACUCUCUGACCGACAGCGAGGGUCGCAGCAUCCUUGUGGGCUCACUGGGCUUCGUUGUGAGCAAAGCUCAGAUCCCGGGGCUGGAGGAUCACCUGAGGAAGAUCCAUCCCUCACAGUUUCCUGACAGUCAGUUUGUCAGAGAUUUCUGGGAAAAUGUGUUCAACUGCGCCCUGAAUGACUCUUCAAACACACAAAAUAAAAAGCCAUGCAGUGGCUUUGAGAGCUUGCAGAAUGUUGAAUCAUACUUCACAGAUGUUUCUGAACUGAGAUUCACUUAUAAUGUAUACAAGUCAGUUUAUGCAGUGGCUCAUGCUCUUGACAACCUGAUCAAAUGUGAGGAUGGUAAAGGGCCUUUUUUGAAUGGGACUUGUGCUGACACCAAACACAUUAAACCAUGGCAGGUACUGCAAUAUCUGAACACUGUCAAUUUCACUACAGAGGAAGGGGAAAGAGUUUACUUUGACAGUAAUGGAGACUCUCCAGCACGAUAUGAACUUGUUAACUUACAAAUGUCAGACAAGGGAACCAUGGAAGGAAUAACUGUUGGCAUUUAUGAUGCUUCUCUUCCAGAAGGUCAUCAAUUUAUAAAGAAUAACAUCCCAGUUGUCUGGGGAAAUUCACAGACCAAGGAGAUUCCUGUGUCAGUCUGCAGUGAGAGCUGUCAUCCUGGAACUCGUAAGGUCCUCCAAAAAGGAAUUCCAGUCUGUUGUUAUAAUUGCAUAGACUGUCCAGCAGGCGAGAUCAGUUAUACAAUGGAUUCAAUACACUGUAUGAAAUGCCCACCAGAGUACUGGUCCAACAAGCAACGAGAUGCUUGCAUACUAAAAGAAAUAGAAUUCUUAUCAUAUGAUGAAAUCCUGGGAUCAUUGCUAGCCUUGUUUUCCUUGCUGGGAAUUUUUCUGACUGUGAUCACAACACUAGUCUUCUACUGCCACAAAGAAACCCCUGUAGUACGAGCCAACAACUCUGAGCUGAGCUUCCUGCUGCUCUUCUCCUUGACUCUGUGUUUCCUGUGUUCUCUGACCUUCAUCGGCCGGCCCUCUGAGUGGUCCUGCAUGCUGCGACACACAGCAUUCGGCAUCACCUUUGUCCUCUGUAUCUCUUGUGUUCUGGGGAAAACUAUAGUGGUGUUAAUGGCCUUCAGGGCUACACUUCCAGGCAAUAAUGUGAUGAAGUGGUUUGGGCCUGCACAACAGAGACUAACUGUUCUUGGUUUUACUAUAUUACAGGUUAUAAUUUGCAUACUUUGGCUAACAAUCAACCCUCCAUUCCCCUUUGAAAAUAUGAACCACUACAAGGAUAAGAUUAUUCUUGAGUGUGCCCUGGGAUCAGCUGUAGGGUUCUGGGCUGUGUUAGGAUACAUAGGGCUCUUAGCGGUGUUGUGUUUUGUUCUUGCUUUUCUGGCUAGAAAACUGCCUGAUCACUUUAAUGAAGCUAAAUUUAUCACAUUCAGCAUGUUGAUAUUCUGUGCAGUCUGGAUCACCUUUAUCCCAGCAUAUGUCAGCUCUCCUGGGAAGUUCACUGUGGCUGUGGAGAUAUUUGCUAUUUUGGCCUCCAGUUAUGGACUACUUUUCUGCAUUUUUAUGCCAAAAUGUUACAUAGUUUUAUUCAGGCCUGCGCACAACACUAAAAAACACAUAAUGGCAAGGACAGCUGGUAAUGAUAUCCGUUUGUAA